AUGGAAUCCAUAAAAGCCGUAUUCUUCAAACCCGAUCCUCAAGUUCAAGUCCGCAAAUGUAACACCCUAAUCCGACAAAACAUACGGAAACUCGACCGAGACAUCGCAGCCCUUAAAGCCGUUGAAAACAAAACCCGCAACCUCAUCAUCGCCGCCAAUAAACGUGCUCAACGCACCCCCUCCCAAGCAAAACAAGCCGCACAAGAAACCCGUAUCUUCGCGCGCGAAUUAAUCCGUACCCGAAAUACCUCUCGUCGACUCGUCACUUCCAAAGCGCAAUUGCAGAGUGUGAAUAUGCAAGUUAAUGAAGCCUUUGCGGUGAGGAAAAUAGAGGGGAGUAUUAAGGCUAGCGUGGGUAUCAUGAAGGAUGUUAAUAGUUUGGUUCGAUUACCAGAACUUAUGGGGACGAUGAGGGAAUUGAGUCAGGAGUUGGUGAAGGCUGGGAUUAUUGAGGAGAUGGUUGGGGAUAUGUUGCCAGAUCAGUUGGAGGAGGAGGAUGAGGAGGCCGAGGAAGAAGUGGAUAAGGUGCUUGGGGAGAUAUUACAGGAUAGGAUGGGGAAGGUGGGUACGACGCCAAACUUACCGGCCGCGCCAGUACAACAAGAGGUUGCUGCGGAAGAGGAGGACGAAGAUGCAGAGGCUAUGUUGGAUCAGAUGAGGGGAAGGUUACAGGCCUUGAAGAGUUAA